UUAUAUGUGAAAUAAAUGCUACUGAAUUUUGGUCUAUAGCAGUCUUUAGUGAGUUUUCGUAAAAUUAAGAAGACAAAAAAAAGAUAACGAGAUAUAAGUUUAAAAGAGGAGAAAGUGAAUAUUCGCAAUAUUGUAGUGUGUAGUUUGGCCAAUACGCAAUUUAAGUAAAACUGAAAAAUUAGUUUAUUGUGCAAGAAGGAACUUAAUAAAAUAGAAUGACAUCAAUACAAAGUCAAUCAGAUCUUUUAUCGGAGAUUGAUAAAGAUGAAUAUUUCUAUGGACUUAAAAAGAAGAUAUAUGCAGCAUCUAAAUCUGGCUUUGCACUAAAUUUAGCGACACUCUUAAACAGAAUUGUUAAUCCAGAUGUCCGCAACAUUCUUGUGAAUCAGGAAUUUAUUGAGGACGAUGGUCAAAUUUUAACGCCAUUGGCAGCAGGUUGCAGAUAUGGUCGCGAAAAGGUAGUAGAAAUGUUAUUAGCAAAUGAUAAAAUAGAUUUAGACAAAAGGUGCACUAUCAAAUUUGAUGGGCAUAUGGUGAAUGGAGCUUCAGCCUUGUGGAUUGCUGCUGGAUCAGGACAUUUGAAUAUUGUUAAGCAGCUAGUGAAGCAUGGAGCUAAUGUAAAUCACUGCACAGAUACCAAUUCGUCACCUAUAAGAGCAGCAUGUUUUGACGGAAGACUUGACAUUGUACAAUAUUUAGUAAAUCAUAAUGCAGACAUUAAUCUAGCCAAUAUUUACAAUAAUACAUGCCUCAUGAUCUCAUCUUAUAAAGGCCAUACAGAAGUUGUUGAGUAUUUGCUUCAAAAAGGAGCGAAUGUAAAUGCACAAGCAAAUUGCAAAGCCACAAGUUUACAUUAUGCUAGUGAAUGUGGUAAUUUGGAAAUUUGUAAAUUAUUGCUUGAUCAUGGUGGAAACAUAAAUAUUACUAAUGAAUAUGGCAUGACACCAUUCAUUCAAGCAGGAGAACGAACGAAAGAGGAUGUCAUUGAAAUGUACUGUACCCACGAAAAUCUCUUAACCAAAGAGCAGAAAAUCGAUUGCUAUGAGCUGAUUGGUGCUUCUUUUGCAAACGAUAAGGAUAACUAUAAUCUUUCCAAAGCUUUCUAUUACCUGCACACAGCAAUGAUGCUUAGAUAUGAAGAUCUCAGCAAUAUUGUAAGAAAAGAGCUGAAACCACCAGUUCCUGCAUACGAAAAUUGGAUAGAAUGUACAUCACUCCAAGAUCUCGUAGCUAUUCAAUAUAAUCAUAACUCACUACAUAUGGAAGCAUUGACAAUUCGAGAAAGAAUUUUAGGAACUCAAUGCCCAGAAGUAUCUGGACCUGUUGUUUUUAGAGGAGCUGUUUGCGCUGAUAACGGGAGAUUCGAUAGAUGUAUCGCUUUAUGGCAACAUGCAUUAGAACUUCGACAAGAUAAUAAAAUAUCAGUUCAGAGAGAUUUAUUGAGAUUCGCACAACUUUUUAGUCAAAUGAUUCAUGUUGAUACUGAAACAAAAAUGACCAGUGUUAUGGAUGUUCUUAAUGCAUCUAUAACUGAGCUUCACCGGAAUCAGGGAAAAAUUAUGAAUCCAGGGCCAAAGGAUGACAUUGAAAUCAUAGUAGAAGAAUAUGAAACAAAUAUCUUUACUUCUCUGUAUUUGUUAACAAUUAUAACAAAAUUAAUGAGAAAUCGACAAGUCAAGAUAACGUCGGAGAACUUGAAAGAACUUUAUAGGAUGGUAUUUAAAUUGAAUCGUCUUGGGUUAAAACUUAGAGAUGGACAAAGUUUACUACACUUAGCUGUUAAUGGUGCAUCGCCUGUUGAUGAUUUUCACACAAGCGACGUUUGCAAAUUUCCUUGUAUUGAUACAGUAAGACUCCUUCUUCAUUGCGGUGCAUCAAUUGACAAUUUUGAUCGUGAAAGAAAUUCUCCUCUACACACUCUUGCUUCAACCUUCCCGGCAUUUAGAACUAAUGUGAACGAAAUGAUUGCCAAAGCUGAAGAAAUAAUCACAAUGUUCAUUAAUUCUGGAAUGCAUCUCGAUGCUGUCAAUACAGAUGGAUCGACCGCUGCCAAAUCAUCGUCUUUACAGCAACUAGAAAUGUUCAUAAAGCGACAUGAAAUCAAUUCUAUAACACUAAAAUGUCUUGCAUCGAGAGUGAUUGCACAACAUAAAAUCAACUAUCGGAAUUUUGUACCGACAAACCUUGAGAAAUUUAUUCAACUUCAUUCAACCGAGAAAAUAUAAGAACUGGACAUGAAGGAGUAUCUAAUAAAUUUUCAUGAGAUAAAGUAGUAAUCACUUCAAUAUAUUACAAACACUAAAAUUUUGAAUAGACUGACUGUCGCCACUAAUAGCCUCAAAAAAAAAGCUUUACGUCUUCCAAAACAAUUAACAGUGAUGAAAGGAGCGUGCUUCCUUUUUGUUAAUGAUUUUCUUUAUUUUACUUCAGUGAAAAAUGUGAUAAUUCCAAUCUUUUUAUUUCUUUUUUUUUUGUUAAUUCCUUUUAUUUAAUUGGUUUAGUAAUUUUGAGCCUAUUCGCAGAAAUUUAUUAGAAAUGAGGAAAACCGAUGAAAGACGAAAUUUGUGUAUUUAUGGAAAUGAUAAUUUAUAUGGAAAUAAAUGUAUAUUGAAAAAUAUUUUCUAGACUUCAACAACAUAAAUAUCAUGUGUGAUUUUAUACGCUUAACUUGUACUUUCUAUUUUUUUUGGAUUUCAUAUUUUAUUUUGUAACAAGAACAGAAAAGAAUACAUAAACCAGUAAUAAAGCCGGUAAGGCAGAUAUAAGAAUGACACGAAAAUCUUUUUGUAUAUUGUUUUAAUUAACCGUCAAAAACAUCUUUAAAAUUGCUUGAAUGUUG